AUGGGCGGCAGGCAGGUGCGCCUGGUGCUGGAGUACUGCGACAAGGGCACCAUGCGGCAGCUGCUCAACGCCGGCUGCUUCCGCCGCCCGGACGGCGGCCGUGACCUGGCGGGUGUGGUGGCGACGGCGCUGGACGUGGCCAACGCGAUGGUCUUCCUGCAUGAGAACAAUGUGGUGCACGCUGACCUCAAGGCGCGCAACGUGCUGCUCAAGUCCACGGGCACCGACCCACGCGGGUUCACCGCAAAGGUCGGGGACUUUGGGCUGUCAAUCCGCAUCGACCCGGGCGCCACGCACAUCAGCAACUUGUUCCAGGGCACGAUGACUCACAUGGCCCCCGAGACGCUAGACUUGGGCCGCAUCUCCCGCCCCAGUGACGUGUACGCGUUUGGCAUACUGCUGUAUGAGCUGUACACCGGGGAGAGCGCCUUCAAGGGCGUGGCCAAGGCCAUGCUCGGGUACGAGGUCGUGCGCCUCAACAGGCGGCCAGUGUUCCCGGCGGCGUGCCCGUUUGAGUUCCAGCUGCUGGCGGUGCGCUGCUGGGAGAGUGACCCCUCCAUCAGGCCGACCUUCGAGCAGGCGCUGAGCGAGCGGCUGGCGCAGCCGGCCAGCGGCGGCGCCGCCGCGCUGGGCAGCACCCUGGGCAGCACGUUCACGCUCGGCCUGGCGCCCAGCUUGGACGUCGCCGCGGCGAGCGCGUCCGACAACGCCAGCGCCGCGCCCGUCCUCGCCGCAGUCGCACAGCAGCUGCAGCAGCAGCAGCAGCAGCAGCAGCAGCAGGCGGCGGCAGGGGCGGCGGCGGCGCCCCAGGAGCCGCAUUCUACUGUCGACGGCAGCCGCAUGGUGCGGAUCGAUGAGGUUAGUGAGGGGGACGGCAGCUCUUCGCUGGGGCCCGGCCCACGCCCAGCCGGCGGCACCGCCGGCGGGGCCGGCGGCGCGCAGCCCCGUGCUGCGCGCGCCGGCCUGCAGGCGCCGCCGCCGGGCGCCGGCGCCGCGCCGCCGCGUGUGCCGCGGUGA